AUGGAGAAUAACUAUAUGAGUACACAAGACUCACGUCAGUGCAGAUCACGGUCGAACAGUCAUCUCUCGUCGACAGCCGCACAGUUCCAAGGAUUAAACCUUCAGUCUUCUUCUUCAUCGACGACAGCCGAACCGGGUGGAUCAUUAUCCUCAUCAGGCAUUCAUCCCACUUCGGACUUCCGCGCUUCACCUCCUACUUUCCUGGACCAAAACCAAACUUCACCAGAACCAUUUAUCUCAGCCCCAGCUCCUCAACAACAGUUUACUCCGUUUCCUCUAUUUUCAGAAACCGACUUGGAUGCGAACUGGAGUUUCAUCUCGUCGACGGAAGAACACUCCGACUCGGUGCCUUUAGUUAGAGUCGAACAUCAACCAUUCGGCGAUCAAAGAUCUAUCCGCUCCAAUUCAAAUCCAUCAACUAUGAGUACUCUCGGAAUUCAGCAGUUCGACGACCGCUUUGAUGCCAGUAUGCACGGCGGUCUUCGUCACACGUACACAUGGCCUCAAUUCGAGAUGCAUGAACAGUUCAUGCCACAUCAUGCGAAUCAGGGUCUUAACUCAGGACAACUAACACCGCACUUGUACGAUGAACCAAAACUCAUGCCUAUGUAUGCGAGAUCUCUUUCUUCAAGCCCACCUCGAGCAAGCCUUACUCCGGAGCAAAGAGAACUGAAGCGUCAGCGUGAUCAUGCGAGAAGGGACUCGAAAACGAGAGUGAGGAGGGAGAGAUCGACGAGCAACACCAGCAACCCUUACCUGUCAUCUCAGGCUGGCUCGCCAGAUCUUCUACCCAGAACCGUUCCCGAAUACCCAGGAGCACUCACUCCAUCUCCUCUUCUAUCACAAGACUCUCUACAGAACUCACCGGCGUUGGGAAGCACAAACUUCUUGACGCCAUACUCACCACCUCUCAACCAGCAGCCACCUUCAGAGAUGUACGGACCAGUCUUUACAAUGGGUCCAAACGAUUUCACUUCAGCUCCAGCAUAUUCUAUGCCGUUUUCCAAUGGUGAACAACCCAGCCUAGCAUCAUAUGUUGGCCGUCCACACUCACUGUCUCUCUCUUCAGCUCCGGAUCAGGCAGCACUGUACAGGACUCAGCAAGUGAGCCCGAAGGUGGUCUCAUCCGAGUCCGGCGACCAUGUACGAGUGGUUCACAGCCGUCCUAAGCCACAGUGCUGGGAGCACGGCUGCAACGGACGCCAGUUUUCCACAUUUAGUAACUUACUACGCCAUCAGCGAGAGAAGUCUGGAGCAGCUCAGAAGUCAAGCUGCCCCAAUUGCGGGGCUGAGUUUACCCGCACUACGGCGAGAAACGGCCACAUGGCUCACGACAAGUGCAAGUCGAGGAGGAACUCAUGA